GAAGGAAGGUGUGUGGCUUGGGCCCAUCCCCCACCUCACUGGCUCCCACACGACCUCAUGGGUGAGACUCUGAAAAGAGCCUGGAGAAGUGGCAAGUGUGGCAGAGUUCCUUCCAAUUAGCACGGUGUGGGAGCAGCGACGGCUACGUGACCCAGCUAGACCUGAGGACUCACACGACCUCUCGGAUUCCCUCUGGCCUGGGGUCGUUUGGGUGUGGCUAAAAAGGCUGGACUGAGAAAUUUCUGCUUUAGGGAAUAGAGGCCACCCUAGGUCCUGGAUGGAUCAAUGAUCAAAGGAGAAAGAAGUCAGUGGACAUCCUGGUGGACACCAGCAAGAGCAGUCUCAGGGUUUAAGUAAGAGAAACUAGAAAACGUCCAAACACCAGCAUCUCAAAGAGAGAAGAAGAAAAGUCCCAGAGGACUUUGUUUCUGGACCAAGAUGGAUGGAGGAGCCCCAGCAGAGCCUGGAGAAGGACAGGUCACCAACCAGAAGGCAGGAUGGAAAAUGCCUGUCCUCCUUGUGCUGUGCCUCCUGCAAGCUGCAAGUGCGUUGAAGGGCCCGAGGCUGGUGUCUGGUGAGCUGGGGGGAGCUGUCACCAUCCAGUGCCAUUAUGACCCCUUGGUCAUCAAUAAGCACCAGAGGAAGUACUGGUGCCGCCUGAACCCCCUGACGUGGAUCUGCCACACCGUUGUGUCCACCAACAACUACACUCACCCUCGCUACCAUGGCCGCGUGGCUCUAGCAGACUUCCCGAAGCGUGGCUUGUUCGCAGUGAGGCUGUCCCAGUUGUCCCCUGAAGAUGCGGGGCGAUAUCGCUGUGGCCUCGGGAACAGAAACCACAUGGUGUUCUUCAGCAUGAACCUGACUGUCUCUGCAGGUCCUGCCAGCACCAGCCCCACUGCCACUCCAGCUGCUGGUGAGCUCGUCAGGGGACCCUUUGGAAGAACAUCAGUGGCAGCCAACGGAUGGACCCCAGGAACCACCCAGACUAUAGCAAGACAGGGGACAGGAUGGGACAGAGCUGCUCUGACUCCAGGAACCCGCGAAAGUGCAGCUUCAGCUAAGGGAAGGCAAACCUCAGCAACAACUAGGGCAGCAGCUCCAGGGACAGGCAGCCGGGUGGAGGGCUCUGUCAGGGCAACAGUCCCCAUUCCAGAGAGUCCAGCUUCAACAAUCGGGGGUGUGCCCACUGCAACAGAAGGUGUUUGGGUGUGGGGCACCAGCAGCUCAGUAGCAAAUGGGGCUAGGGCCAAUGAAGAAGGGAGGGAGACCACCACUCCUGAGGCUGCCCUGCCGGGAGAGGAGACGGAGAGGCUCAGAACGGCCCUGGAUGCAGCUGGGAAGGCCAUAGGGACCAUUAGGCCAUCAACCCUCGUCUCAAAACAGUGGGCGUGGGAAACCCUCCGAGAAGAAACGUCGGUUUCUAAGCCACAAGCCCCGGGCUCCGUUGAAUGGCUCACCUCAGCUGCAGGUGUGUGGACCAUGGACCCCACCAGCGUAGAGAUGGCGUCUGCAGAGGGAAGCGCUGAAGGGGACCUGGACGUGCCUGCUGGAGACAGUAGUGCCCGAGCAACCCCGAUCCAGGCUGCGGGAGCAGGGCCCCUGAGGCCCCCGGGCAGGGAGUCCUCCAUGAAGACCGCUUCUCCAGAAGGGAAAAACGUCUUUCGGAUCCUGACUCCAGUCUCUACCGUGCUGCUCCCGCUUACUCUUGUGGCUCUUUUUCUACUGCAGAGGAAGCUCCAGAGAAAGAGCACCUCUCAGGAGACAGGAAGGGCAGCAGGGGGCAUCUUGACUCGGAUGACACAUUUCCUGGAGCUGAGCCUUCAGCCAGGCCAGCUGUCCUGUGUGGAAAGGAAGAUGCUCCAGGAUGACUCUCCUCUUAUCCAUGCCAGCCUAACUGUCCUGGAGAGGGACCCUGGACCCUGAGGAACCGAAGGAUCAGUGCCUCAGUCACCACAGAGGAGAACCCGGACCAAACACUCUAACCUCACCCUUCCUCCACCUGACGAAGGGAGCUAACGGAACUGGGGGGCCAUCUGGGGAAGCAAAGGCUGACCAUCCUUGGGCCGAGGAAGGCCAAGCAUUUUCCAUAGUCAAAGGUGGCGGUAUGACUCAAAGAAGUCUUCAAGAAAGGACUUAUUAAACACUGGUAGAGGUCACCCAGGAAAAGUGUGGAAUUUACACUCCUGGAGCUUUGAAAAUACAAGAGGCUUCCAGGUGGUGUGGAAAGGUACAAAUUCUAACCUUCACCCAAGCCCCUGCUAGGCGCCCCCUUUUCUGACAUCUGUUAGCACUCAGCCUGCUGCACACAUUUCAUUGUAUUUGCGUCUAUGGUCACGUAUACUAGUUUUGCCUUCUCAAGCAGAUUCAACACUCCUAUAGGGCAGUAAUUCUGCUUCAUCUGCCUCACUGUGUCCCCAGAGAACUUCCAGCUCAGUAGGGCCCCAAUAAAUAUUUGUGACUAAA